CAAAAUACACUCGCCAUACCCCCCAGGGAAACACUAGUCCAUAAUGCCGCACAUCCACUUGCUCGUCUGGCGUGGCGUUUCCCUUUCCCCCCGAACUUCUUCUGAGAUGCACCCUCUUUCCUGUAACCUCCUCCCUCUCAAUCUCUAGAGAAACACUGCUGUUGGUGGCCUUCCACCUUUCCGAUCCUUUAUUUGGCGUGUGAUUUCAAUCGCACAUCCACUCUUUGAUUUCUAUACCUCGAGGGUUACAUAUACUACCCCGUGUCCAUUCAUUAUCGCUUUCUGGUUGGAAUCGCCCCUUCAGCAGCAGUAUUUGAGGCGGAAAGUAUAAUCUUGGUGUCUUCUUCUAUAUCUUUGAAUACUUCUUUUCCUCCUACAAUGAGGAACUUCUUGACAGUUGCUGCUCUUGCAGCCCUGGCUGGCUCUACCGCCGCCCAGACAUUUACCGAAUGCAAUCCCUUGAACACGACCUGUCCCGCGGAUCCGGCCCUUGGAACCGAACAUACUUGGUGGUUCAACUCAUCCACGAAGCUCGACACGACAAUUUGGAACAUGAGCACUGGCUCGUUGACCUACUCCAACGACGCCGCGGAGUUCACCAUCUCGAAGGUCAACGAGUCCACCCUCCUACAGUCCAACUUCUAUAUCUUCUUCGGCGUGGUUGAGUCCUGGGUUAAGAUGGCCAAGGGCGCGGGUGUUGUGAGCAGUGUGGUGUUGGAGUCGGAUGAUCUGGAUGAGAUUGACUGGGAAUGGGUUGGAUAUAACACCAGUGCGGUGCAGUCCAACUUCUUCGGCAAGGGCAACACGACCUCCUACGACCGUGGUGGAACACACUAUGUCGCCAAUGCAGACACCGAAUGGCACAACUACACAACUUGGUGGGAUUCCGACAAGCUCCAAUGGUGGAUCGAUGGAAAAAUGGUGCGAGAGCUCCUCUACACUGAUGCCACGGCAUUGGGCGGCAAGAACUACCCACAGACACCCUGCCAGGUCAAGAUCAGUAACUGGCCUGCUGGUUUGGAGAGUGCUGCUCACGGUACUAUUGAGUGGGCAGGUGGUUUGGUCAAUUACGCCGACGGCCCAUUCACUAUGAGCGUUCAGCGUCUCCGCGUCCAGGAUUUCCACACCGGCAAGGAGUACAGUUAUGGCGACAAGUCGGGUGACUUUAAGAGCAUCAAGGUGACUGGCGGAAACUCAACUGUCCUGGACGAGCUCAACAAGCCCCCUCCCAAGUCCCUGGCCGAGAAAUGGGCCGACCUUGGCAAUGGUGCGCACAUCGGAAUUUACGCUGGCGCCGCCGCCGCCGGUGUCCUGGCAAUUGUUGCCUUGGCACUUGUCUGCUUGCGUCAGCGCCGAAAGGGACGUCUUGAACAUGCUUUGGAUGACUCGCGGUAUGCCACUGAGCGGACAGAGAUGCAGAACUUCCAGAAUGACUGGAAGCAGAGCGAGUGGAAACACGGUGGCUACAGCAAGGUUAGCAACUAGUGAUGCUAACUCUAUAUGUGUUUCUCACUCGCCUUUGCCUUUUUUGUCUGUUUUGUCUAUCGUCACGAAUGGUUCUGUGAACCCUGCUCCCUCUCUCUGUGUGUGCUGUCCCGGCCUUCUCAGACGCCAUCAUGACUUCUCAACAUUUUGACGAGUUCGCGUAAAUCGUCCUGAGUACAUCUUGCUUCGUGGAGUCUGCGAUUGCCGGGGAGAGUAACUCCUUAACGACCUUUACUAUCUUGUCCCAGCGUGUCGUCGCUGCUUCCCACCUGCGCUCGUUUUAUAGGUGGCCUUUUCCUGUUGAUAUCCAUCGUUCAGUUCUUCCUCUUUUUCAAUCUAUCGGUCAAAAUCCGUCGGCGUUGUACAGUGCUGCCGUCCCCUGCAUUUCUUCAUACUCUUUGUCCUCUAUAGGUCACUAUUCUUUCAUACACACAUGAUCUGUACAUAUUUCACUAAGACAUUGUGUCUCUUCUUCAUCUGUUGUUUUGUUCAAUAAACGUCAACACUGCCAC